UUAUUGAGAAAUCAGUUUUUAAUAAGAAAAGAUGACCAGAUUAGGAUGAGCUCAUCGCCCACUCAAUAUUCCGUGAUUUAAAACAUUAGAUCACUAGAUAGUUACUGAAGAACACAGACUGACAUUGUUGUUGAACCUUGAAGUCAGUCUCGAUAGUUUGGAGGGGACAGCUUGGAUCCGGACCGUAUUUUAUUCCCCGCGGCAGGAUUAUACAGGUCAGUGGUACCAAUCAUAAAUUGGUAACUAAAAUAGAUUUCGGUAGAAAUCUUCAAGAACUAGAUUAGAAUUCAAUUCGAUUCUUUUUUGUUUUCCUAAUAAUCGUUUUAAAUAGCAUUUUAUCCCAAUUUUUUCGAAUCGGGGCCUUUUGAGUCGUAACACCAAGAUUAAACAGUGUGCUUAGUGUGAGUUUUUUAACGUUCUCGAUAGCGUAAAAGUUAACUUAUAUUUGUAUGGAGUUGGAACGUUUGCCUACGUUCACGGAGACUGCGGACGGGCGUCGACAGCGGAAGGAGCGGCAGCGGUUGGGGAAGAAGAAGGAAGAAAGAAAAAAGGAUCUGGAGGGGACGACCAUCCCUCCCUCACAUCAUGGGGAUAGACCCACCAUUAUAUGAUCGGAACCAUACAGAUCAUCAUCGUCACUCAUCUCAUAAAACAAACUCAUCACCAUUCAUUUGAACGUCUCAUUACCUCGUCACAUCUUCAGCUACAUCACUUCAUCGCCUCAAGAAAAUGGCCAACAAGCAGAAUCAUCACCCCUGCCUCGUUAGGCAGGGAGUCCAAGCCCGGGCAGAGGAGAUUGCUCCGAGGCCCGACCCGUGCCCCCGCAAGGGGACACGAAGACCCAACGGUUGCCUACGUUUGCCGCUAGGGGCGUUAUUCCAAAUGCAUACAAAUUUGAGUUAACUUUUACGCUAUCGAGUACAUUAAAAACUCGCACUAAGCACACAGAUCGCAGAGGUGCGCGGCAAACAUACGCGCCGCCCGUCCGUCCCCCGCGCCUUGCUCACGACUAAGGCAUCGCGUGCCAACCCACACCGUCCCGCGUCCGCACUACCACAGUAUCUCUAAGGCGCCAACCGCAGCCUCUCGCAUCGUUGAAAGCGCAACCCUGCAAAAAACUGAUUUUCAAUAUUUUUCGCCGCGUAAAUAAUGGCAGCAACUGAAGAAUUGAACGGCAUUCUAUCCAGGAGACAAGAAAUCAAUGACAAGCUCGAAGAAGGUGUCGAAAUAAAACCGAAAUAUAAAUUCGUCAACGUUUAUACAGAAUUUCACGAGUUCUCCAGAAAAGAAAUAAAACAAUAUGAGGUGACCUUCAAUAAAUUUGACGAGGGUCGUGAUGGUUUCUUGGAUCUCACAGAGGUUAAACGCAUGAUGGAAAGGUUGGGCGCUCCUCAGACUCAUCUCGGUUUAAAAGCUAUGAUCUCGGAGGUCGAUGAAGAUGGUGAUAACAAGAUUAGUUUUAGAGAGUUUCUCCUCAUCUACAGAAAAGCACGUGCUGGUGAACUGGAAAUGGAUUCAGGUUUGGACGCUUUAGCUAGAUUAACCGAAAUCAAUGUAGAGCAAGUUGGCGUUAAUGGCGCGAAAAACUUUUUCGAAGCGAAAAUUGAAGAGCUCGCUAAAAGUAAUAAGUUUCACGACGAGAUUAUUCAAGAACAAGAAGAGAAGCGUCGGGAAGCAGAGGAAAGAGCUCUCCGGAGGCAGCAAUUUAAAGAAAAAGCUGCGUUAUUCCAACACUAAUAGAAUCGAAAACGAUAUUGUUAUUUGUCUAGUCUGUAAGAUGUUAUGUUACCAAUGCUUGGGAUGAGUUGUAGUAACAGUGUAUUAUUUUUUAAGCAAAAUAAAAUUAAUUUCUCAGUAAGCUUAGAACGGCCUUUAUCGUAACGUAAUUAAAAUUGUUAUAUGAGGCCUACUUGCGUGUUUUUUACAGUAAAAUUGUGUCUGCAUGUUAUUUAGUUACGAUUAAUUAAAAUAAAAAUUAUCGAAUGUUGUUUGGAACCUGACACUAUCUUCUCAGGGACUCUAACGGCAGGAUCCUUAUUUGUUUCCAUAUUCAGAACCGUAAUUUUUUUCCUUCAGACUGUAAUACAAUAUACAUAUAUUGUGCUCAAAUGAUGCAAGCGAAAGCCUAAUGUUUGCAUAAUUCGUUGCAUUGUAAAGUUAUAUCAUAGUCAUUUUAACGCUUCACAUACUCAUAAAACUUAAGAUGUAACCUUGUUUUUAGACAAAUGUGAUUUAAACAAAUUUAAGGUUCUCAAAAGGAAAAAAAAUAAAAUAUUGUGUGUAACAAA